UAGUCCUUGAUCACUGAACUUUUUGGUAGCGGUGUAUGAAAUAAGCAGGACUCGACUAGUAGCUUACGAAAGAAUAUCAUAUUUCUGGUAUACCAUCCAGAAGAACCUUUAAAAUUCCAAGGUCCCUGAAUCAGCGCUAAACUGACGUAGACUUGCGGGUAUUCCAACAGGAUCAGCCAACAUGAGCAUUCAUUGGACUCUCAUUGCUGGAUUUCUGUAUGCUGAGAUAGCAGCAGUCUUGCUUCUUCUUUUACCCUUCUUAUCUGCCAAAAGAUGGAAUACCUUCUUCCAGUCACAAUUUCUACGAGCGAUUGGACGGCAGUCAUUUUUCUACUUCUGUGUUAUAAUAGUGGUGCUGGUCCUCUCCUUCCUGGACGCUAUCCGGGAGAUGCGCAAAUACAGUGGUGACUUCAAGACAGACGACCUGGCCACUCACAGCCACCUGGACGUGGAGAUCCAGCACCACAUGCGCCUCUUCAGGGCACAGCGCAAUUUCUACAUCUCCGGCUUCGCGCUCUUCCUGUUCCUGGUGCUGCAGCGCCUGGUGACGCUCGUGCUUCACCAGGCCUCGCUGGAGGCCUCCAACGAGGCGGCGCUGCGCCAGGCGACCAGCGCCAGCAGUGCCGCCCAACGGCUUUUGGAGGGCCGCGACCCUAGCUCGGGCGGCGACGACCUGAGGUCGCUGCGGCAGCAGCUGGAGGAGGCGGAGGGCGAGCGUGACGCGGCACUGAAGAAGGCCGAGAUGCUGCAGUGCCAGGCGGAGGCCACCAGCCGCGAGUACGACCAGCUCAUGGAGGAGCACGCCCGUCUCCAGAAGCAGACGGCCGCCGGCGACAAGAAGGACGACUGAUCGGCGGGCGGCGCACGUGCCGCCGCCGGCUGGGCGCGGAGCGGCGUGACACAACGGGCUGCCGAUACCGCAGCGACAGAGCAAGGUCACUGUACACUACUAAUAGCGCUGUCUGCGCGGGAUAAUCAACCCGGCUGGCUUUGAUGACUGUGAUACCCAGCAUGUGCUCUCCGUGACCGCGCCUGCUUCCGUUCGGUGUCUGUAGGCUCGACGGAUGCUCCGGUGUCUUUUUCGCCGAACGCCUGCCAAUGGCUCAUGCGGGUUAUAGCGAGCUGGGACGGAGAUGAGGAGUCUUGCGGGGCGGCGCGCUAUUGCCGCUUGUCUUGGGGUGUGGUCCGCCCAGCUGCCGCGCCUUGGCGGAAAUGGAUGCAUGCAUUGCGGCCACAGCUCGUGGAUUAACUUCUUGAAUGUGAGCGCAGUGUAAGUGCUCACGCGCCUUUGCCGUGCUGUUACUUGAUGUUGAGAACCCUUCGCGUAAAGUGGACACCGAGUGCUUGGGCCGGCUUUGUAUGUGUUCGUCUCGGUGUGAUACUCACCACUUACAGUGCAGUGUUUGUGUUCAGCCUUCGCUUUGGUCGAUACAGUGUGCGUGUUCCCUGAAAUACAUGACUCCACCGCUGA